CCUACUUAGUCACUUAAAUGUCCAACUUUCUCCGUACCUUUGUGCAUCAGGUUUCUGAAUCGAUUUCUCCUUGAAGACCUGAGAAAAGCAAUACAGAACAAGGGAUAUAACUUUGAAAGCGUAUCGUUGGCCGUUUUGUCAUCAAGAUAUUAAGAUGAGCACUGAGGCUGCCGAACACACAGAAUGUCAGCAUGAACAAGCUGAUAUCGAACAAAACGGGAUUGACUUUACCCGACAAAUAAAGACAGAAAAUCUGAACGAUUCACCUCAUUCUGGAUCGUCACACAAAACAUGCCAUCUGACUCAGGGACCACCAGUGCCUGGUGGCCAGCUAACUGGGGAGUUGCCCUCCCUGCACCCUCUGCCCCAGCUUGUCCUGAUGCCUGGGUCACAUUUGUCCUCUCCGUCAUCAUUUCUCCUCUCUCAGGCCCAAUCUGGACAUCAAGCACUUCUUCAGCCCAACCUGCUUUCCUUGCCAACACAGUCACAGGCAGGACUUCUGCCACAUCAGCCUGGUCUCGCACUCACUCCUCAGGCAAUGGGCAGGACAGGGCUGGCUGGCUCUAUGGAUGGACAUCUAGACAUGUCUCACUUACAGGUCCCUAAACGUGUUGGCUCACCUCAAGAGGAACCCAAUGACCUGGAAGAAUUGGAGCAGUUUGCUAAGGCCUUCAAACAGAGGCGCAUCAAACUAGGAUUUACUCAGGGUGACGUGGGCCUGGCAAUGGGAAAGCUUUAUGGAAAUGACUUCAGUCAGACUACCAUCUCACGCUUUGAGGCUCUCAAUUUAAGCUUCAAAAACAUGUGCAAACUCAAGCCCUUGCUUGAGAAAUGGCUCAGCGAUGCAGAGAACUCCCCAUCUGACUCCAUGACCAGCCCAACCACCUUACCGCCCCUUUUGGAGGGUUAUGGACGAAAGAGGAAAAAGAGAACAAGCAUCGAAACAAACAUCAAGCUGACAUUGGAGAAACGCUUUAAUGAUAACCCAAAACCAAACUCUGAAGAGAUCACACUCAUCUCAGAGCAGCUAUCCAUGGAGAAGGAAGUGGUGCGGGUGUGGUUCUGUAACCGGCGGCAGAAAGAGAAGAGAAUAUACUGCCCGUUAUCCACCUCACCCAUAAAAUCUCAUAACUAUAACCCACGUCUGCCUUCAACUUCCCGAUCAUUCAGUCCACUUGCCUCUGGGGGUAUGUCGUCAAGCUCCUCCCCCAGCAGCCCAAGUCGAGGCUCCUCCCCCAGCACUCUGACCACUUCAUCCAGUCCACUGACAUCACAAGGGGUCAACCAGUCGUUCAACUCCCCAGGAUCUUGGUAUCGCUGGAACACCGCAUCAUACCACCACUGAGACCCUCUGAUGAGCUACACACAUCCCGAGGCAACUUCAGAACUUACCAAACCAGAGAGUUCUCUGUGAAAGAAGGGAAUAUUUUUGUAAAUGUUUACAACCUGCACUGGAGGCAGAAUGCAGAGACCCACUUCUGUUUCUCAAGGUCUAAAGUUCAAAUGGCUUGUGAAUAAAGCUUCAUUGCUAACUGCAUGGCAAACCACAUUAAUGUGCAAUGGCACAUUGUUUUUAAGAUAUGCAAUCUUACAACAAAAAUGACAGUUUUUUAUGCAUUUUAGCAGCAAGAAAGUGUAAAACCCUAUGUGACUCUGCGAAAAACUAUUUGCCGAUUUUUUUGGUCAUGAAGGUUCAGCUCCGGCAAUUUGCAUCGAUGAUGUGUAAAACUGCACACAAAACCAAAAACAUCUUUUUAAAGACCAUUGUGUACAUUGUUUACAUAUCGCUUUAUUAGAAACAUUUGUCACAGUUAUUUUCAUUCAAGUGUAACGCGACAACUUUACGUUGAAGGUGUACAUUGACAAUUUUAGAUGCAUGCAGCAAUGUUAUUGACAGACAUUGGCCCUGGUUUAGGUCAAGAGUCAAACAGCUGCUUCUAAUGUGUGCAGUAACUUUUAGGCAACACGUAGGGGGCCUUGUUUGGUAAAUAUAUACACAGCAAUAGUUUACAAUUCUUAAUAUAUUUUCAGCAUGCACCUAGUUUUGUGUUUUUCACUAUUGACAUUUCACACUGUUUUUAUGUUACGUUGUCCAAAGCAUUUGAAGUUUUUGAGUUUGAAGUUUUUUUGCCUUUACGUAUGAUUAAUGUUAUACAUUGUUUGUUUUCCUUUGCUUUUUUAUGUGAAUAACACUUGUAUAUUUCACUGUUUGAAUUUGAUUAAAAUUGAGCACUUAUGCUU